AUGAAGAGGGAGGGUAAGCAACAUGGCAUGGUCAGGACAUAUAGGAUCCUACCGAACCCGAAUCCCGGCACCCGAUUCGUCACACGGUUCGAUUCGCCUCCAACAGCUGGACUUUUCACAAAGGUUCCCUCCAAGCCCACCAACCACUCCAAAUUCACCGGUAAAUGUGGCAAGGCGCGGUGCACCGAUUGCCGUCUUCAUCCGGUGUCAAAGUCAAAGAACAAAUCUAAAGGAAGUUUGAAGCAUUUCCAGGUCAUGGAUCAACCCGGUUUGAAAUUUACAGGGUUGUCCGCGACCGGGACUUUGAACCAUAUUUCUAAUUGGUAUGUGGAUGGUGAUGAUGAAGAAGAAGAAAGUGUUGUUGACCAUGUGGAUGAUUAUGAUGAUGAUGUGAAAGAUGAAAGUGUUGUUGACCAUGUGGAUGAUGAUGAUGUGAAAGAUGAAAGUGUUGUUCAACAUGUAGAUGACGAUGAGGUGGAAGAUGAAAAAAUUUCAUGCACUUUAGAUGAAAAAGAAGUGGAGUAUCCGUUGCGUGUUGAACAAGUUAAGGAAGAAAUAUAUGAAGAUGAAGAUUGGUGUUUCGUGGAAUGUUGCUCAUGA